GGCGACGGAGGGACUGGCGGGGGCGGGAAGAGCCGCGAGCCGGCCACUCGGGGUGUCCGAUCAGGAUCAAGCGGUCCAGAUUCGUUGGAGGAAAAGUACAGUGGGAAGGAAUUUCUCAGAAACCCCCCUGCUGAGCCAUUUCUCCUUGCAUAAAGGCCCCUCCGCUCCCCGAACCCCUUCCUCUUCCCCGCGUCUCCCCGCCAGAUCGAGGAGCGAGGAGGCGGGGCGGCGGCGAUGGCGAUGGCGGCGAAGCCGAGUCACGGAGGGCGAGUUCACUGCCGCAGAAACUUUCAGCGCUUCUUCCAGGCUACCGUCCGUGAAGUGCUCAAUCAUCUCCACAAUGACGACGCAACAUCAAAGGUCAGAGAAGACUUUGGCGAAAACGAUGGGAUGAAGCUGUUAGCCAGCAGUCAUGCAUCCUGGUGAUCCUGCCCUGGCAACAUAAAUGAAGGGAUGGAACACUACUAGACAAGAAUCUAGAUAGGCUUCACAGCAACAUAUCAUCCCUGUAUCAAUGGCGUCUGCAGACACCAGCAGCAGUGACAAGGAGCAGGUCAUCCCUACCAUCGACGCUGACCAAGCACAUGCUCUCUUGAGCUCUGGUCAUGGCUAUAUUGAUGUCAGGAUGCGAGAGGACUUUGACAAGGGCCACGCACCUGGUUCUCGCAAUGUUCCCUACUACCUGUCAGUAACGCCUCAAGGGAAGGAGAAGAAUCCACAGUUCGAAGAGGAAGUGGCUUCACUCUUUGGGAAGGACGAUGUCUUCAUUGUGGGUUGCAACACGGGGAACAGAUCCAGGUUCGCUACUGCAGACCUUCUAAACGCGGGGUUCAAGAAUGCAAGGAACCUGCAAGGUGGCUACCGCUCCUUUCUCCAGAGUGCAAAUCAGCAGCCAGCUCAACAGCAGUAGCCACCACCAGUUAAUUCAGCUUGCUUGGGGAUGCCAGUUUGUGUGCGCUCGUUGUGUCCAUUGUUUGGAAUAAACUAGGGACUAUUUGGGCCUAGUUGAACAGCCCAGUGAAAUCAUGGCGAUAUUCCUGCUUUGGCAGGAUGUUGGACGACACAUUUGUGAAUAGUGAUGUAAUGAACAUUCAUGAUGUAGUACUCUGAAAUGAAUGUUGAGAGGUGAUGCUUGCUACAUAAAUUUCAGAAGAUAUAUUCAACUA